ACCCAAGAGGGUAGCGGGUGUUGGUUCACAGGUGUACCUUUAUCACAGCCCGCCGACCGCAGCACGCGAAGCUGCUAAAACGAUCAGACCUUCUAACGCAGGCCCUAGCACUAUGCUUCAGGACGUCUGCUCUUGUGUAUAUCACUUCUGCUAGACCCCAGCACGACACCGUGACCUUAAAAGUAGAACUUCCUUCCGUCAACCUGUAUCAAUCCUAACAGGAUCCGAUCUCAAUCAUCCUUCUCGACCACCUCAUCCAUCAACGCUCGCGGCGCCAUCCAGAAGCGCUCUUCCCACGCGGAUCGAUCCCGAGCCAUCUCAGUGUCGCAAGCCGAGAAGCUCCUCCAGUACGCCGCCGAACAAUCCAGUCAGGCUGAUCUCGAGCAUCCCAUUCCAACAUCAACUGCACUGGGCGGUAUCCAGUGGCUCACUCCUCAGCACUCGCCUCAACCUCAAAGCUUUACGGCCGAACCCUCCCUGGAACCCUUUCCGCAGUGGACGGCACCUACCCCACCGCGCUCGGAAUCAUCGUUCCCAACAGUAUCAAUCGACUGCAACGACGAGCCCGUCACCACUGGCAUCAGCGUCGCUCCUGACUUUGCAUUUGAGCAGCCAUCUGUGUCUGCGGAGAUGAGCUCGUUAGGCUUCCUGCUUCCCACGACCUACGGUAGCUCCCCUUACGACUCCGACUCAAACUCUUACGCCAUGGAUCAAAACUACAUCCCGCCGAUGCGCGUCACGCAGCCAACUGCAACCAGCGGCGCAAGCGCAUAUGCUACAACGGCGUCAUCAUCCAGUCCUUCGCUCUACUCGAGCAGGAUGGCAGACACAUCGAGCGCACGCAGAUAUUCCGAGAUGCCGGCCACGACUUCCGCGAGCUCAGCCUACGGCGACUACCGUCGUGUGAGCAGCCCCUACGAGACCAACUACUCGAUGGCUCCUAGCCAGACGAUUCCCUCAAUAAGCGGUCUCACCCAAAGUCCGCUACCGUCACCCCACCUGGGCUCCUCGGGAGUGUCGCAAUACAACAGAUCGCUCAACAUCUAUGAGUCGAACCCAUACGGACAGGCGUACACUACUGCGCCGCCUCCACCACAAGUUUACGGCAGCAGCAACCAGUAUGCGCCGCCACCAUUCGUGGGCAGUGGCGUCAACGAGAAUCUUCCGAAGCCUGUUGGCGGCGACUCAUCGAUACGAGUGCUCAACCAGCGACCCAAGCCUCAAUGUUGGGAGCACGGCUGCAACGGACGUCAAUUCUCCACCUUCAGCAACCUCUUGCGACACCAACGAGAGAAGUCCGGCACAUCUGCGAAGUCGUAUUGCCCGAAAUGUGGUGCAGAGUUCACGCGUACAACUGCGCGGAACGGGCAUCUGGCACACGACAAAUGCACAAAACAGCGACGGCCUUCGGAGGGGAAAUGAUUCGAAAAUUGGUUUGGGGCAUCACAGAGACGAUCAUGAUCAUCGUCAAGACAUCAGGAGGUCAACUCGUAGCAUUUUCAGAGCGCCGUUUAGAAGUUUUUACGACCAAUACCCACAACUCGAUUCUCUACUACUCAACAUCAAACUCAUUUGCAUAAAAGUUUCAC